CGGCACAGCAGACGGAGGAGAGAAGAGAAAGCGAAGCUCCCGUGCUCGCGCGACGACGACGACGACGACCCCGGCCGCGGCGACGAUGAGCCCCCUCCGCGCCCUCCUCGUCCUCGCCGCCGUCCUCGCGGCGUGCCUCGGCCCCGCGGCCGCGGACCAGCCCGGAUCCGUCGAGGGAUACACCAUCGCCGGCCGCAUCAAGAUCGACGCUGCAAGGGGCUUUGGUCUUCCAGCCAAGACAUCAAACACGAAAGUGAUACUUAAUGGUGGUCAGAAAGUUACAUUCGCCAGGCCAGACGGCUACUUUGCCUUCCACAACGUGCCUGCUGGGACACAUUUGAUAGAAGUCUCCUCACUUGGCUACUUCUUUUCACCAGUUCGAGUGGACAUCAGUGCCAGGAAUCCAGGGCACAUUCAAGCAGCAUUGACUGAAAACAGAAGAGUUCUAAAUGAGCUUGUUUUGGAACCUCUGAAAGAAGAGCAAUACUAUGAGCCGAGGGAGCCUUUCAACAUUUUGUCCCUUUUGAAGAGCCCCAUGGGUAUGAUGGUCGGUUUUAUGGUCCUAAUGGUCGUCGUUAUGCCCAAGAUGAUGGAGAACAUAGAUCCCGAGGAGAUAAAGCAAGCUCAAGAGCAAAUGAGGAACUCACCUGUUCCAUCCUUUUCUGGCUUGCUAGCCAGAGCAAACAGCUAGAUGUAGAACAUGUGGACAAUACGUCGCUUAAGUUUAUGAUGCGACAAACAUCCUUGCCAAACUGCUUCACACUCGAGUCAUGGGAGGCUGGGAUAAGGUGGAAACUCUUUUGCCCACUUUUAAUGUAUUCUACUGUAUUCUAAGAUGUAAUAGGUUUGUAAUGGAGAACCGUCUGAAACACCUGGCUGAACUAGUCAUGAAAUAUUUGAUUUAUAGCUCACGUCGAGUACAGUGUGUCAACUUGUUAACCAUUUGAAUAUUGAAUGAAUGCCUUGGUGAGUCAUUGACUA